GGGUGUGCGCGCUGCCGCUGAUGUCCUCUCUCUCUGGUGCACUCAGCCAACCCCUGCUGUUGUGAUGUGAAGCUGGCUGUAUCCUGCUGUAAAGAAUCCGCUGAGAGGAGCCCCGGUUCUCCUUCGCGUAAUCGGUGCCUCCAGAAACUUAAUGAUUCCCCGCAUCGGAGAGGUCCCGCGCCCGAAUUACGCAUGGAACGAUUGCGGGGGGAUUGGAGUAGACAUGCAGCGCCGCGCUUCCAGCCCACAACAAGAAGAACCAUGCCCAGUUUACAUUGCAAGCAAAUCUAUGACAUCCUGUUUUAUCUGUUACGACUUUGAUACGUGCGAGGUUUGCUCGGGUACCGACGAGGAGUGAAGAGAAUACGCACGGCACACAAACUGAAGGACGCUGCUGUUUUUUUUUUUUUCGCACCAGAGAACCGAGAUCCCCUGCAUUUACAAUUUUUUGAUGGAGCUGGAGAAUAUAGUAGCCAACACUGUACUGCUCAAAGCCAGAGAGGGUGGAGGAGGAAAGCGCAAAGGGCGGAGCAAAAAAUGGAAGGAGAUCCUUCGCUUCCCCCAUAUAAGCCAGUGCACUGAGCUGGGAAACAGCAUCGAGAGGGACUAUGUCAGCUUCUGUGAGAAACAGCCCAUUGGAAGGCUCCUCUUCCGUCUUUACUGUGAGACCAGACCUAAACUGCAACGAUGCAUCCAGCUACUGGACGCGAUGGAAGACUAUGAGGUGACACCUGAUGAAAAACGAAAAAGCAGAGGAAACCAGAUCAUCAAGACUUUUCUCUCAGAACAAUCACCUCAGCGUGUAGACAUAGCAGAGGUCUUUGCCGACCAGUGCAGAGAGAACCUCGAGCUCAGUCCAUGUAAGGAGAUCUUCAGCAACUGCCGCAAGGUCGUUCAUGACUACCUGAGUGGAGCUCCGUUUGCAGAUUACCAGAACUCCAUGCACUUUGACCGGUUCCUGCAGUGGAAGAUGCUGGAGAGGCAACCAAUCACGAAAGACACAUUCAGACAGUACCGAGUGCUGGGCAAGGGGGGGUUCGGAGAGGUGUGUGCCUGCCAGGUCAGAGCAACGGGGAAGAUGUACGCCUGCAAGAAGCUGGAGAAGAAGAGGAUAAAGAAGAGGAAAGGAGAGUCCAUGGCGUUCAACGAAAAACAGAUUCUAGAGAAAGUCAACAGUAGAUUUGUUGUGAGCUUAGCAUAUGCAUACGAGACCAAAGACGCUCUGUGUCUGGUGCUGACCAUCAUGAACGGCGGAGACCUGAAGUUUCACAUCUACAACAUGGGCACGCCGGGAUUCGAGAAGGACAGGGUCCAAUUUUACGCAGCUCAGAUCUGCUGUGGACUGGAGGACCUGCACAGGGAAUGCAUUGUCUACAGGGACCUGAAACCGGAGAAUAUCCUAUUAGAUGACAAUGGACACAUCCGUAUUUCUGAUCUGGGGCUGGCCAUCAAAGUGCCUAAAGGGGACCUCAUCCGAGGCAGGGUGGGGACUGUUGGUUAUAUGGCUCCGGAGGUGAUAAACAAUGAAAAGUACGGCAUGAGUCCUGAUUGCUGGGGUCUGGGAUGUCUCGUCUACGAGAUGACCGCUGGACGAUCGCCCUUCCGCGCCCGCAAAGAGCGAGUGAAGCGGGAAGAGGUGGAGAGGAGGGUGCAGGAGGAAGAGGAAGAGUACAGCGACAAGUUUACAGAGGACACCAAGGCCGUCUGUAGAUUGCUGCUGACCAAAGACCCUAAGCAGAGGCUGGGGUGCCAGGCAGAUGGAGCAGCGGGUGUCAAGGCCCACUCAUUUUUCAAGAACAUCAACUUCAAGAGGCUGGAGGCUGGAAUAGUGGAGCCGCCCUUUGUGCCUGAUCCUCGGGCAGUGUACUGCAAGGAUGUUUUGGACAUAGAGCAGUUCUCCACGGUCAAGGGAGUAAAUUUGGACCAAACUGACAAUGACUUCUACUCCAAAUUUACUACAGGCUGCGUUUCCAUCCCAUGGCAGAAUGAGAUGAUAGAAACUGAAUGCUUCAGAGAUUUGAAUGUGUUUGGGCCUCAAGGGACGAGACCCCCAGAUCUGGACUGGAAUCAGCCUCCAGAGCCGCCCAGACGCAGCCUGUUGGACAGGAUCUUCAGGAGGCAUCACCCAGAGGUGUCUAUUUCCCACAGCCGUGUGCAGUCUUCCAGUGUGAACUCUGUGGACUCCAUGUCCAACUCUGCCCCCUAGUGGCACAGUGACUGUGUGGGAGCCACACACACACAAAGGGAAGGAGCUCCGAGGGGCUUCCCUGCUGCUGAUUGGUCCACAUCCGGGGCCUGAGCAGCAGCCGGAGACAGCCUGUCUAAUAGCCUAAAUGGUCAGCCCAUGGGGUGGGGGUGGGUGACCGGGCCCUUACACCCUGGGCAUUUGUAUUGGGAUGGUCAAUGUUGCAGAGACGUUUGGAAAAUAUUCGGACAAACCUAACUCACCCUCAGGAUUGUUUUGGACUAUAGAACAGAGCCACUGAUGUUGAUGAAAACAGGUAAAGAUAGAAAACAAGCUAAUAUUCAGGGGAUCCACUGUAUAAUAAAGACCGCCACAGGGAAUAGAAGAUGGGGUCUUAGUGAAUUUUUGUUGGUUUUUUUUCCAGAAACUUUUCUCUUUUGCUCAUUUUCAGUCCUUUACUUUCUGGCCUGUAUCUUGUACCAGUAUCUCUUUCCGAUCUAGUUACACCCCUCCGACCAUCACCAUCUGUACAACUCAUACUCUUAACUUACUCUCUCCCUGUAUUUCCACCUCCCAUACCUCAGAUCACUCCGUAAACAUUCAGAACACGUGCACCUCGACAACCUCAACACAUGAUGUACAUUGCCUUGCGUACACUCAGGCCAAAGACGACAGUUUAGUUUUGUGAUACAGUUUUCUUGUUGAUUUUUGAAGGUCUUCUAGCCGUCGUUUAGAACCACAGAAGGAUCAGAAUAUGUGAUCUGUUUUAUACACUUUCUCUAAAUAUGAGCCUGCAGACAUAUCAUACUGCUUAAAGCACACAUACAGCACACACUCAUACACACACACACACACACACACACACACACACACACACACACACACACACACACACACACACACACACACACACACACACACACACACACACACACACACAUACAUACAGAUUAGUGAGAAUUGUGCUGUGUUUUCAUUGCAUGGACAAGUGUAACUAUGGACAGCUGUAUCCCUUUCGCUUCUGCAUACCUCAUUCCACUGAUGUUAGCAUUGUAUACACACAGACGUCUCCCUCGGUUUACAGUGUCACUUUAUAUUUGACAUUAUGUGGAGUUUUAAAGAAAAGUAAUGAAUAUGCUGUACAGAAACGAGAAUCUCUUCUUUUGUUUUGUUUUUCUGUUUCUGUUUUUUCUUUCUCCUCAACUUUCUGCACAGUCCCCCCGUGGAGUGGAGAGGAACACAUGCACUCAGCCUGACUUACAGUUUGCACAACUUAAAAAUCAUGUCAUGCUGUUUUUUUUUUUGUCUCCAAAUGAAAAUGUUACCUCUGCUCAUUAAGGCACAUUAUUGUAUGGAUAUCCUCACAUGCCAGUUAUUUUCUAAAUCCCCCCCCCAAAAAAAACGUAAGUGUUCUUGCUCUCCCUAUGCCUUUCUCCAUUUAAAAGAUACUGCUGCAUUGCCGUUGUUGUCACAUGUACAGGUUUUUGUAUUUAGCCCCUUUACACUUAACAUGCUCUUCAAAAUGCCUCACGAAUCUAAAGGGUCUUCCUCUUGUUUUGUGUUCAAGCAUAUUCGAAGAAGGCACAGCUACAUGUAUCUUAUUAUAUUAGUUUUAUUCAAUGGGCCCAGUUCAUUCAUGUCUGAGCAGAAGAGGAGAGGAAGACACCAGAGGACCCUGCAAACACCACACAAAGAAGUGGCCUUCUCGCAGCAGCACAGCCAAUGAAAAGGGGAGAGGAGCUCAGACUCAGCAGUCUUGUGCUUGUUUUUAAGAAUGUGCUAUUUUCCCCAUAUGAGGUAGUGGAAGCUGCUCCAUGCAGUAAUUUUAAUCCUUCUUACAAUUUAAUGCGAUCUUGUUGUUUUUUUCUUUGUACUUGAUAUGAAGAAAAAAAAAUCUGAAUCAGACUGAAGUGCCUCCUUGUUAGCACGAUCUCCCGGACAAUGCCCACACAGACAUCAGCACUUUGUUUAUUCUCUGACUGUCAUACUCUGUUUGUUUCGCUGGGGAACGCGUCAACACAAAUACACACGGACUCACACGGUCUGUUGUGUGAAGGGGAGGGAAGGAUGCAGGGAGGGAGCUGAUGAAUGAGGGAGUUUUUCCUUCUUAUUGUGAUGUACAGCAAAGUGCUGAGUGCAUGUGAAAGCCAAACCCACUGUGUCCUUCAAGUCCCAAUAAACUAGUUUGAGUA